CCAGUUUUGUUUUUGUAAUUUGUGGGGAGGGUUAAAAACCGCGCGUAGAGCUGCAAUUUUAUUCCUGGAAAAUCGUCGUUGGUGCUGACCGUGGCACAUCGCAAAGUUAACAAACGUAACCGAAAGUAUUACCCCCAGCAACCCGGACAAGUGUCACACGGAGGAGAUAUAAGCUAACAAUUUAUAUAAAAACCAUUAUAAAGUAAAAAAAAUGUUCUCACGACCCAGCUUGUGCGGAACUGUGGGCAAAUUGUGCCGAUGCAGUACUUCAGCAACAGGAAUUACUACGGUGGCACCCGCAACAGUUCCCGUCGCCCGACACUAUCACGAGGUGGUCGGCGACAUCAUCUGCCCCUCUCAGGUGCGCGGCAUUGAUCACAUCCGUGAUCCACGUCUUAACAAGGGCCUGGCCUUCACCCUCGAGGAGCGUCAGACACUCGGCAUCCAUGGACUGCAGCCGGCUCGCUUCAAGACCCAGGAGGAGCAGCUGCAGCUGUGCAAGAUCGCCGUGAACCGCUACACGGAGCCGCUGAACAAGUACCUUUACUUGAGCGAUCUGUACGAUCGUAAUGAGCGGCUGUUCUUCCGUUUCCUCUCGGAGAACAUCGAGGAUCUGAUGCCCAUCGUCUAUACGCCCACAGUGGGUUUGGCUUGCCAGCGUUUUGGUCUGAUCUACAGGCGUCCCCAUGGACUCUUCAUCACCUACAACGAUCGUGGACACAUCUUCGAUGUGAUGAAGAACUGGCCGGAGCCCAAUGUGCGUGCGAUUUGCGUGACUGAUGGCGAGCGCAUCCUGGGACUGGGAGAUUUGGGAGCCUGCGGCAUGGGCAUUCCCGUGGGCAAGCUGGCCUUGUACACAGCUCUGGCUGGAAUCAAACCCCACCAGUGCCUGCCCAUCUUGGUGGACGUGGGCACCAACAACAUCGAUCUGCUGGAGGAUCCCCUGUACGUUGGUCUGCGUCAGAAGCGAGUGGUUGGACGCGAGUACGACGACUUCAUCGACGAGUUCAUGGAGGCGGUGGUGCAGCGUUAUGGCCAGAACACCCUGAUCCAGUUCGAGGACUUUGGCAACCACAAUGCAUUUAGGUUCCUGGACAAAUACCGCAACACCUACUGCACCUUCAACGACGACAUCCAGGGAACCGCCGCCGUGGCCGUCGCUGGACUCUAUGCCUCCAAGCGUAUUACCGGCAAGUCCUUCAAGGACUACACCUUCCUGUUCGCCGGAGCCGGUGAAGCCGCCAUCGGUAUUGCCGAUCUCACAGUCAAGGCCAUGGUGGAAGAUGGCGUGCCUCUCGAGGAGGCCUACAACAGAAUUUACAUGGUGGACAUCGACGGUCUGCUGACCAAGAGCCGCAAGGUGGGCAACCUAGAUGGCCACAAAAUCCACUAUGCCAAGGACGUCAACCCCAUGUCAGAUCUUGCCGAGAUUGUCUCCACCAUCAAGCCCAGUGUGCUUAUUGGUGCUUCUGCCGCUGCCGGCAUUUUCACACCUGAGAUCCUGCGCACCAUGGCAGAUAACAACGAGAGGCCCGUGGUGUUUGCCUUGUCCAACCCCACCAGCAAGGCGGAAUGCACCGCCGAGGAUGCCUACAAGCACACAGAUGCUCGCGUCAUCUUCUCCUCCGGCUCUCCAUUCCCACCGGUGCAGGUCGGCGAAAAGACCUUCUACCCAGGCCAGGGCAACAAUGCCUAUAUCUUCCCCGGCGUGGGCUUGGGCGUGAUCUGCACAGGCACCCACCACAUACCCGACGAAAUGUUCCUUAUCGCCGCCCAGGAGCUGGCCAACUUCGUGGAGCCCAGCGACAUUGAGCGCGGAUCUCUGUACCCUCCCCUUUCGAGCAUCCGUGAGGUGUCAAUGAACAUUGCCGUUGGCGUGACCAAAUGUGCCUACGAUAGAGGCUUGGCAUCUACUUAUCCGGAGCCGCAGGACAAGCGCAAGUGGCUGGAGAACCAACUGUACAACUUCAACUACGAGAGCUCCAUGCCGGCUUCAUGGGUUUGGCCCCGGAUGCCCUACAUUAAGACUCGUGAAUUAGUGCCCACAAAACUCUAUGGAAAACAAAAGAGCGAGGAAAUUAUGUAAAUUAUCGAACCCCCUACUGCAAACCGACCGCCUAGAAAAAUUGGCUAGACAUCAGAGCUAACUGCUUCGAGAACUGGUGAGAGCAACCCAACCAACCAACCAUCCAACCGAUUCCACAUGUAAAACAAUUUAAUUCGCUGCUGUUAACCAACUACCCAACUAUCUAAGUUAAUACUUUAUGAUUUCUAUCGUUUAGUUCCCAUAUAUCUGUAGAUAUAUUCGAGUGACGAUUAUGUUUUUUUCUUCGUUGAGCCAUGUCUGAUAUUUAUUAACGCAAUUAAGCAGCUUUGUUAUAAUUUAUUGUUACCAAGGUCGAGCUAAUGUAUCAAUAACUAGAAACCCUAUCCCUAAAUAUCGAUCGGACCGAUUUAGCCAUUGUACCACUGACUAGAUGAUGAUGAUGUGCGAUAAACAAUAAAAUAAAAACACAAGUUAAACAC